AUGGGGAAACCGCCAAAAAAGAAGAACCUUGCUGAUAAGGUUCGCAAGACCAAAACUUCCACCGAGAUAAAAAACAACCCGUUCGAGGUGAAAAUCAACCGGAAGAAGUUUGACAUUCUCGGGCGAAAGAGCAAGCACGACGUCGGUCUGCCAGGAGUAUCCAGAUCUAAAGCCAUCAACAAGGUAAGUGGUUGUAAUGAAGUAGUGUGUGUACAUUGGGUUCUUUGAAGAUAACAGAUGCUGAGAUGCAUACACAGUAUCUAGCCUGGUUUCAGAUUUGUGCUGACUUACCAACUUCUAUGGUCGUUGUCCAUAUAAGUUGACCAUAGUUAACAAACCAGCACAAACAGAUCUGGGACCAGGCUAGAUGGAUCCUAAAGACGCCCGCAGACUAGGUUCGGUUUGCUCCUAGCAGAACUCGGCUAGGCGAAGCGAGCGUCUUGCCAGCAAUGUUUGCCGCAAUUUUUUUUGAUUGAAAAUGAUCAGAGGUGGGACCAAGGUCCGAGUCUCAAGUCGAUCCCAAGUAGAACGUCUCGAGUCCAAUUCGUGCAUUCUAAUGCCGCUUUCAAAACGACUGGGAACUUGGAAAAAUACGAGGUAAAAUCAUGACGACAGUGAUCUUCAGGUCAGAAAGUCGGAGCUCUAGAAAGUGGACCGAGUUCCCCAGUUAGAAUUCCGAGGUGGGUGACCAAUCAGUUUUUACCUGUCCAAGCUCGUUUUUUCCCGGAGUUCCCAGUAGUUUUUAAUGCAGCAUUAGAGCAAGUACUGUCACAAGUUUUCAAUUGACUCACGUCAGGUUUAAAAAAAAAAAAAUCUACAUGCAAUGACUUCUUCAACUACAAAUCAAGACCGUGGGACUAUAAGGUUCUAUCUGACAAGCCCUUAACCAACAAUGCAGUUUAAAGAAAAAUACGUGUUAAGUAAAAAAUAGUUAAGUAAAAAAUAAAAAUUACAAAUUAUUAAAGAGCAACAGAAAAAUACAGGUACAGAGUAAAUGUGCGUGGGCACAGGUUAGUUGAGGUAAUAUGUACAUGUAGGUAUAGUAAAAGUGACUAUGCAUAAAUAAUAAACAGAGUAGCAGCAGGGUAAAAGAGGGGGAGGAACAAUGCAUAUAGUCUGGGUAGCCAUUUGAUUAGCUGUUCAGGAGUCUUAUGUCUUGGGGGGGGGGGGGGGGGGGGGGGGGGUAGAAGCUGUUAAGAAGCCUUUUGGACCUAGACUUGUCGCUCCGGUACUGCUUGCCGUGCAGUAGCAGAGAGAACAGUCUAUGACUAGGGUGGUUGGAGUCCUUGACAAUUUUUAGGGCCUUCCUCUGACACCGCCUGGUAUAGAGGUCCUGGGUGGCAGGAAGCUUGGCCCCAGUGAUGUACUGGGCCGUACGCACUGCCCUCUGUAGUGCCUUGCGAUCGGAGGCUGAGCAGUUGCUAUACCAAGCAGUGAUGCAACCAGUCAGGAUGCUCUCGAUGGUGCAGCUGUAGAACCUGAGGACCCAUGUCAAAUCUUUUCAGUCUCCUGAGGGGGAAUAGGCUUUGUCGUGCCCUCUACAUGACUGUUUUGGUGUGUUUUGACCCACGACCCCCAAAAAGGAGUGGUUCAAAGCUUGCAACCCCCGCGCACGCACAUACGCGUGCGCACAAUCACUGUGCAAGUGUAGCCUGUCAUUACAGCCAUAAACAGUGAUGCGUUUUAAAAACGCAAGAAACAGAAAUAAACAGCGUUUUGAGCUGAAAGUCAUUAAUGUUAGCAGUCAAUAUCAACUAGGGAUACCAUGUCACAUUCACUGGAGUCCAGAGAAAGAAGGAUCAUAGGCCUACCUGUAUGCAGUGGGGGUUGCAGGAUCGGAUGGAAAGCAUGAUCUGUCUGUAGCCUUUUUCUUCCUCACAAAUAUCGUAAUUAAUUAGCCAGAAUGUUACAUCUUCAUCCGAUAAGAUGUUACAGCUAUCUUUAGACAUAUAAUAAUAAUAAAUAAUAAUAAUAUGCCAUUUAGCAGACGCUUUUAUCCAAAGCGACUUACAGUCAUGCGUGCAUACAUUUUUGUGUAUGGGUGGUCCCGGGGAUCGAACCCACUACCUUGGCGUUACAAGCGCCGUGCUCUACCAUCUGAGCUACAGAGGACCACAUAUACCCCAGUACCAACACUGAGGUACAUAAUUAUAAACCCACCCAAACUAGGCCUAUCUGAAAUAUGAAAAUGAUCAAUGAAAUCACCUAGCAAAGGGAAAAUUAAACAAGUGCUUGCUUUCUGGUCACUAAUCUGGAUAUGUGAGCCCGCCUUUGCACGCCAAUGCUGAUGACUGGUCAUUGGUCACAGUCAAGAUGCCCAACUUUUUGGUUCUGAAGCACAGAUGUUUUUUAAACAAGAAUUUGGUGCAAUACCCGACGCUUAUGUUAGUGACCAGAUCGAAUAAGCAAAGGAAUACAUAUAAAAUACAAAUGGUAGGCUAUAUGCCGCCUAUUAAAAUAUUUAUUUUUCAGUUUCACACUCGUGACCCCCCACAAAACCUUCUUACUGCGCUAGCUCACCCGACCUGUGUUCAUUGACAGUUUGCUGGUCCAAUCAGAGGGCCGAGUAUGCGUUUCACUAGCCAAUAAAAAAAAAAUUGUAAGUCCCAUACUGUCUCUGGCUGCAUGGAGAGUAGCCUAAUCCACGGAGACGCUGUGCUUCAAAAUGAGUGACAAAAUGUUACAACCUGGCCAGAUAAUUUCAAGUCAUCAGUCUCAAGUCAAAGUCGAGUGCCGAGUCUUGAGGCUCGAAGUCGAGUCUCAAGUUAAGUUCUUUUAUUUUCUAUGAAGUCGACUGUCAAGUCAUCAAAUUUGUGACUCGAGUCCACACCUCUGAAAAUGAGCAACUUUUUAUUAUCUGAGGAAUUUUGAUCGGCAGCGCCAUAGAAAUAAGAAUCAAUAAAACGGGCGUCCCCAUUCAAGCAAAUUAUGGCAUAAUGGGUGGACUGGCAGACAUUGCGAGUGUACCAAUAGGAGCAAAGCAGGAAGUAAAAGCAGGAUUUGUUUUGUUGAAUCUACUCAAAUAACAUUACAAAAAAAUGCAUUCCAUUGCAUGAGCCACAUGAGUUAGCAUCAUUUGAAUGAACAUUCUACAUUAUCAUGGAAAUUAUUACAUCACAAUACCAGGCAGCCAUUGUGAGUGGACCCAUGAGUUUACCAAUCAAAUUGCCAGGGUUAGAGGUUCCAAGCCCGUUCUAUUCAUUCUUAUUUCUAUGGGCAGUGCCACCUAUUGGGCCAUUUUUAGAAAUCGUUCAAUCAGUGCACAGACAUUGGUCAUGUGAUCAGUCUGCCAUUCUAAAAUAUUUAGGAAAACAUGGCAACCGUUUUUGAGUGAAAUGUUGGACAUUCACGUCUCAAAUGUUUUUUUCACUACAAUAUAUGAUCAUGAUAUGUUAAUACAUACAUACAUACUGUGUAAAUAUCCAUGGAUGGGAGCAUGCUAAUCAGUUAUCAUGCUAACUGGAGCUCAUACAAAGUCAGUGGGACAAACUGGAUAAAUUAGCUAGCUAGCCACGUCAAUUUUUAGCUAGCUAUAGCCAUUUACAUUAGCUAGCGUAAAACAUUUUAAAUCUUAGUUAUUUAGCACACACUCUUAUCCAGAGUGACUUACAGUUAGUGCAUUCAUCAUAAGAUACUGUAGCUAGUUGGGACAACCACAUAUCACAGUCAUAGUAAGUACAUUUUUCCUCAAAGUAUCUAUCAGCAAAGUCAGAGCUAGUAAGGGAAAAAAAGUCAAGUGCGCAUGUUGUUUCACAAAAUGUGCGGUGAGGAGGGGGGUGCGGGAUUAUUUAAGAUAUUCUUUGAAGAGGUAGGGUUUCAGAUGUUUUCGGAAGAUGGGCAGGGACUCUGCUGUCCUAGCUUCAGGGGGAAGCAUGUUCCACCGUUGGGGUGCCAGGACAGAGAAGAGCUUGGACUGGGCUGAGCCGGAGCUGACCUCCUGUAGGGGUGGGAGGGCCAAGAGACCAGAGGUGGCAGAACGGCGUGUUCGGGUUGGGGGUGUAGGGUUUGAGCAUAGCCUGAAGGUAGGGAGGGGCAGUUUCUCUUGCUGCUCUUUAGGCAAGUACCAUACACAGAUGGCCUGGACCAAAUCUGAACCUAUCAUAGACGUAUGUUUCAAAAGUUUAGGGAGCACAGCAGAGUAGAGUACAGUACAAUGCAGUACAGUAGAAUACAGUACAGAAAAGUCGAGUACAGUACAUUGUACUGCAUUGUAGUCUACUCUGCUGUGCUAUCCAAACUUGUGAAACAUACGUUGUACUGUACUGCACUUUACUGAGCUCUACUCUAUACUACUCUGUUGUGCGAUACUGAACUGCGCUGUCCAAACCUGUGAAACAUUUCUCUGUAGUACAGCUCAGGGACCAAUGAUGUCAUUCCGUUACCGGGUGUAAAUCCACUUCACUUACUGUAGUUCAAUAAACAAAAUAUAUUUGCCAUGUCAUAGCUCAGGGUUUCCCAAACUCGGUCCUGGGGCCCCUCCUGGGUGCACUUUUAGUUUUUUGCCCUAGCAUUACAUAGCUGAUUCAAAUAAUCAAAGCUUGAUAAUGAGUUGGUUAUUUGAAUCAGCUGUGUAGUGCUAGGGCAAAAAUCAAAACUUGCACCCGGGGGGGGGGCCCAGGACUGAGUUUGGGAAACCCUGUCAUAGCUCACACCCCAAUCUUUAAAUCUUAAUUUGGAGCAGAUAUUUAACAGCGUUUUUGGAAAAUGUUGCCAAAUUGUUCAAAGUAGUCCUUGUGCAUAGAGUUGUAUGGUUUGUUAAACUUAGAAAUCAAUGGUUUUUGUUUGGCAUACAUUCCGUAACCGCGGAAUUACCCUGCAGUAUUUCUCAAGGGAGAAAUGCGCAUGUAAACUUGUCUUCACUCGAUGAAUGACAACACUUGAAAUCCGUCCAUAGUUCCCACUCCUACUAGGAGUAGACUUUGGCUACCUUACUUCGACUUGCCUCAAGAAAAAAUGUAGUGUACACGAACAGCCGGAAAAAAACCUGCAGAAGACCAAAACGAACAAAAACGUCACAAAAUGUCAUCAUAAUAUAUGCGUGAACUGUUUCGACUGUGAGCUUUGCAAUAUCGCAAAUUACAGCUAGAGCAGUUUGCAACUUGUGUUACCAUGUUUCUUUGAUUCUAUUUAUUAUUGUGCCAGUGUGGAUCUUAUGCUUACAAAAUAUUCCUUUCUUCCCCCAGCGAAAAGAGACCCUGCUGAAGGAAUACAAGACAAAGGACAAGGCCAAUAAGUUCAUAGACAGACGGUUUGGUGAAUAUGACACCAAGAUGGACCCAGAGGAGAAAAUCCUUCAGAGGUUUUCGAUGGAGAGACAGGUGAGAUCCAAUACUGACAGACAUACAGUAUCUCUGUUCUCUCCACUGUCACUGCAUUAAACACCUUCUACAAGGUUGGGCACACUAAGGUCUGUGGGCCGCGUCUUCUUUUUUAAAGAUAUUAUUUUGUUUUAUAAAAAAAACCACUCCAGGCCACACUUGAAUGUCUAAAACUAGAUAAAGUAUAAGGAGCCGGGCUCCCUUGCAAAAGAGACAUUGGUCUCAAUGGGACGCCCUGUUCAAAGAAAAGUAAAACCCCUAAAAAUGUAGAAACUAUAAUGGACUUAUAUAUGUUCAAAUAACUGCCCUUUUUCUGGCCUGCAAAUUGGACACAUUUAAAACAAAUCUGUGCGUUCUUUUUGUUAAAUUUCGAAAUCCCGAUGUGGCCCUUGAGCCAAAAAGUUUGCCCACCCCAGCCCUGCAGUGCCCAUUUCCACCAUGUCCAAUAUAAAAUGAAUCAUAAAACUAGCUCCUGGGGAGCUGCACUUCGUCUGACCCUGUGCUCCUCUCAAAUCUGUGUGUUAUGUGGGGGUUGAGAGCAGAGGAGAAGACUAAUUUCCAAUGUAUCAUUUGGACAAAUACAUGUGUAUUGUAUAAAGAUGUACAUCAGUCCAUAACUUAACGUUGUCCUCUCUUGAUGUUGUCCCCCUUUAGCGUACCCAAGACAAGAAGGACAUGUAUAACCUAAAUGAGGAGGAGGAGUUGACCCACUAUGGCCAGUCUCUGUCUGAGAUGGAGAAGCUCAACGACAUGGUAGACAGUGACGAUGAGGCAGAUGAGAAAGGAAUGCUCUCAGGUAAGACAAAAUGACUCCCAAGCUCCACAGAAUUGGGGGAAGCUGUAGACCAGAGGGAGGGAAAGCGAGCGAAAUGGGUGGUGGAGAAAAAUAACAGAAACAUGUACAUUGGCUAAGUAUUUGUGUCUGUAAAAAAAUGAGGCAUCACUAUUGGUGACAUCUGCUGAAGUAGGGACCAUAACAAUGACAAUAUUUUCUCAUCCAUCUUUCCUCCAGCUGAGCUGACUGCAUCCCACUUCGGAGGAGGCGGCCUGCUGAGGAGGAAGACCCAAGGGGAGAAGGAUAACGGGGGGAACCAGAGAGCCAAGUCCAGACAGGAACUCAUAGAGGAGCUCAUCCUCAAGUCUAAACAAGAUAAGGUGAGCGUCAAUCCCUCUCUUCUCAUUCUAGGAUGUGCCUUAAUGUCUUAGACACUAUUAGGAAUGGUAUUAAGGUUUAUUCACUGAAACGUUGGUGUGAGGUCUAUUCAAUUGUUUGGGGAGCAUCCAAGAUAAUCAGUGUGCUGCAGUUUCUUCCUUUUAGGAACGGUUUAAUACCCUUUGUCUUGACUUGGUUGUAUAGUGUGGUCCACCAGAUAUUUGACUCACUUUUCUAGUAUUAGCAGAGCUCUACAGGUGUCUUUGAGGUGAGAUCAGAUGACUGACAGGUCUGUUGGUUGUCCUCAGAGGGAGAGGCAGAACCAGAAGGAGGAGUCCCAGGUGCUGACAGAGAAGCUGGACCAGGACUGGAAAAGCAUCCAGGGGCUGCUGGCUCACAAGAAUGCCCCCAAGGCUGACAGACAAGAGGAGGAGGACAAACCCAAGGUGAAAGAACAGGAAAUGCUUCCAAUGGAACUUUUUAAUGUUUAUCCACUAAGUCAAACAGGUCCCUCAUGCAAAAUAGAUUUUUAUCUCAUUGAGUCUAACCUGUAUACAUUAAGAUUAAAUUAAAAGGUUUCCAGAGACCUUAUCUCAGUGAGAGAACCUGGAUAAGUAAAAUGAUUGUGCCCCAAGGAAAAUCCCCUGUAUCUCAUCUUUGUCUCUUCCCCUGUAUGUUCCAGCUGGAUGAGUAUGACAUGAUGGUGCGAGAGCUGGGGUUUGAGAUGAAGGCUCAACCGUCUGAGAAGAUGAAGACUCCAGAGGAAGUGGCCAGGGAGGAAAGGGAACGCCUGCAGAAACUAGAGGUAUGGAUGUGUCUCAACACUCUAAAAUGGCUCCAUUUUCUUGUCAUUUUUUCUUUAUGACCAUUGAUGGGUAAUGGGUCUGCUUUCACCUGACCUUUCAGGCAGUAAUCAUAGAGAUAAGGACUUGAGAAAGGGAAGGAAGUGAAAACUAUUGAUACACAGGCAGAGUUUGUCCCUCUGUGUGUGUGGUUUGACCCGUCUACUGUACUGAAGCUUUUUCCUGUCUGUGGUUUGACACUUGCCCCAGGCUGACAGGCUGAGGAGGAUGAUGGGAGAUGUAGUAGAAGACAGCACCAAGACCCAGGCUCACAUGUCAGCUGACGACCUCAACGACGGCUUCAUCCUGGACGGAGACGACAAACAGACUCUGGCCUAUCAGGUAAGGGACCAAGCAGACUCUGGCCUGUAAGAUAAUGGACCAAGCAGACGCUGUCCUUUCAGGUGAGAGAGGCUAUGUCUAUGAAUGUGUGUGGGUUAUGAUUUGACAUUGUGUCUUGGAGUUACGACAUCGCAUCAUCUCUACUCUCUCAAUGGAAGGAAGUUGUAGGAAGGAGCACACACAUUUAUUUGGAUAGUGAUGCUAAAACGUUUAAUUUAGAUCUAUACUCCAGCAUUUUUUAUUUCGGAUCAAAUGUUUCAUAUUAGGCGACAGUACAGAAUGUCACCUUUUAUUUGAGGGUAUUUUCACAUAUCUGUUUUACUGUUUAGAAAUGAAAGCACUUUAUGUAUCUAGUCCCCUCCAUUUGAAGGUGUCAUAGGUAUUUGGACAAAUUCACUUAUGUGUAUUAAAAUAGUAAAAAGUAUAGUAUUUGGUCCAAUGACUACAAACUUGUUGGAUGCAUUUGCAGUUUGUUUUGGUUGUUUCAGAUUAUGUUGUGUCCAAUAGUUAUGAAUGGUAAAUAGUGUUUUGUCAUUUUGGAGUCACUUUUAUUGUAAAUAAGAAUAUAUGUUUCUGAAUACUUCUACAUUAAUGUGGAUGCUACCAUGAUUACGGAUAAUCAUGAAUGAAUCGUGAAUAAUGAUGAGUGAUAAAGUUAGAGGCAUAAAUGUGUUUUUGUUUUUUAGUAUUCAUUUCUAUUGGACACAACAUAAUCUGAAACAUGACCAAAACAAACUGCAAAUGCAUCCAACAAGUUUCUAGAGUCACAGGCUUGAUGUAGUCAUUGCGUGCUAGGAAUAUGGGACCAAAUACUACACUUGUCUACUUUAGUACACAUAUAAGUGAAUUUGUCCAAAUACCUAUGACACCUUCAUAUGGGGGGACUAGAUGCAUAGUGCUUUAAUUUCUAAACGGUAAAACAGAAAUAUAUGAAAAUACCCUCAAAUAAAAGGUGACAUUCUUACUGUCGCCUCAUAUGACACAUUUGAUCUCAAAUCCAAAAUGCUGGAGUGUAGAGCCAAAUUAAAUAUUUACGCUUCACUGUCCAAAUAAAUACAUAGGGGAGUUUAUGUGACAGUCAAAUUUACAGGCAUUCACUGAAAGAUCAACCGAUAACAAAUUCCUAUUUUUCCCAUUCUCUCUCUAUAGGAUGGGAAAUGGAACAUAAACGAGGAAGGGGCAAAGAUAGAGGGGGAUGACGAGGAGGAGGGUGGUGAAGAAGGAGAGAGUGGUGAGGAGGAGGAAUCUGAUGGAGAGGAGGAAGAGGAGGGCAGUGACGAGGAGGAUAGCCACUCAGACCUGGACUCUGAGCAGGAGAGUGAGGGAGGAGAGGAGGAGAAGGAUGAAGCGCCUGCAAUCAAAUCUCAGCUGAGUGAGGAGGAGAGGAAGGCCGAAGCAGAGGCAGCUAAAGCAGAACUACCAUAUACUUUCAAAGGUAAGACCCCAGUUUUAUAUGAUCUAUCUAUAAUAAGAUAACGAACUGGACAUCAUUUUCUGUAGUUGAUAGCUUUGGAAUAUAUUGGUAUAUAUGAAAAAUAAUUGGAGGGUUGAUCUAAAAUGAGUUAUGUUUCAGUUGAAAGCUAAUAUUGACUUCUCUCUUGAGUCAUCUAGCAAAACAAAACAUGACUCCCCUAGUGGUCAUGCCCUGACACAACACCACUGUCUUGUCUGCCUUCUCCACAUAUGUUCAAUGUUCUUCUCUCCCCCUUUCCUCUCCUCCUCCCAGCUCCAGAGAGCUACAGUGACCUGAAGGGCCUGCUGCAGGGUCAUCCUGCUGACCACCAGUGUAUCAUCCUGGCCAGGACACAGAAGUGUAACCAUCCCAGUCUGGCUGUGGGGAACAAACUCAAACUACAAGUCAGUAGAGUUCAGCCUGAAUCACAAGAUGGAAUUGUUAACAGAUAUGCAAAUGUUUUGCUAGGGAUCAAAAUAGUUAUUUGGUUCAACUGCUGUGGAUUUCUCACUUUCUCGUUCAGAAAUUAUUUGGCUUUCUGCUGGAGUAUGUGGGCGAGUUGGCUACCAGGAGUCCACCGGAACUUUCCACAAUAGACAAACUGAUACCGUGAGUAACUCUCCUCAGCUCUCUAGUUUUGAUAUGCUAUAGGAUUUGACUGUGCCAGGUGUAUUGAUUGUGAUAGUCCUGGUUUGUUCUGUCUCUCCCUACUGCUCCCCAGGCAGCUGUAUGGUCUAUGUCAGCUGUUCCCUGAAGCUGCUUCCAAGGCGAUGCAGACGACCCUGGUUAACAACGCACACAGCAUGGAGGAGGUACUGGAGGUCAAGGGUCGGGCCGCCUUCCCACAACUAGACAUGGUACUUUUGACUUUCCUCUCAAAUGGUUUUGCUUCCUACCUCUCUGUGUUACAUUAUUGUCAUGGACUGCUAUCUUUUUCUGCAUGA